GUGUAUAAAACAGCAACCUUGUUCACUGUUGCACACAAAAUCCUCACAUAGACUUAAAGGUUUUCUUUGGUGUCUGGUGUUUGAUUUGCUGUUGUAUCAGAUGGCUUUUUUGCUUCUCUUGGUGAUGCUGACAGCAUGUGCUGCAAGUCCUCGAGAUCUGUCUGGUAAGAUGUUCACCUUCCCAGAGGAAACCAACACGGCCAAUGUGAGACUCACAACUUCGAGACAGGAUUUCAGCGCUGCGACUGUCUGUCUCAGGUCCAUUACAGACCUCAGCAGAAACCACGUCAUUUUCUCUCUGGCUAUGCCCUCUGCUAGCAAUGCCUUACUGAUAUUCAAGGCUGGUGAAAGAGAUGUGAUUGAGGUCCAUGUCAGGAAUAAAAAGGUAGAUUUUGGAGCGAAGGACUACAAGCUGAAUGUGUGGCACUCAGUUUGUUCUACAUGGGACUCUGCGUCUGGUCUGGUGCAGCUGUGGUACGAUGGAAAGCCCUCAAUUAGGAAAUUCAUCGGCGGAUCAAACAUCACUAGACCGAUUGUUAUCCUGGGGCAGGAGCAGGAUUCCUUUGGUGGGGGGUUCGACACGAGGCAGUCUUUUGUUGGCAUGAUGUCUGAUGUCCACAUGUGGGACUACACCCUCUCCCCCUGUGAGAUCCAGCGUUACGUGGAUGAUCUAAACUUCACCCCAGGGAACGUGCUCAACUGGAGGGCGCUGGAGUUCCAGAGCACUGGGAGAGUGCUGAUAGAAGACAAACAACUGACCUGUCACUGAAACAAGGCCUCGAGUAAUACUCCACACGGGGUCUUUUCUUUUGAGUGUGACUCCCGCUGUCCUGUCCACCUAAAGAGCUUUUUUUUUUUUCAUUUCAUUCAUUCAUUUUUUCAUUUCCAUUUCUUUUUAAAAUGUAUAGGCUUUGGUAAGAGAAGCGGCUUUAAUCAGCUUGAAUUCCUGUGAAACAUUAGCAUGAUUUUUGUGUGAUGUUCUUCCUGACACAUCAUUAAAAAUGGCACAGUUCUGCACUGCAA